AGGUACCCAGACAAGUCACAUGACACGUCUUUUGCGUAGCCCAGAAUCGUGUUGGACAUCCUUAUUUAUUUAUUUUUGGGCGGCAGGGACAGGAAUUCCAAUUCCAUAAACAGCUAGAAAUAUAAUUACGAGGAAAAAUCGACUGAAAUAAAGAAUCGACAUGUCGGAAAUAGUGCCCCCAGAAGUGAGACCCAAACCGGCGGUCCCAGCCAAACCUCCGCACGUCGGCCAGCCGCCCAGCUCGCAGGGAUCAGGGGUGGGAGGUCAAGGGUCUGGCGGUGGAUCCGCCUUGUUGGGAUACAUUGGGAUCGACACCAUUAUUGAACAAAUGAGGAAGAAGACCAUGAAGACUGGGUUCGACUUUAACAUCAUGAUAGUAGGUCCCUGUGGGCUGGGGAAGUCCACCCUGGUGAACACGCUGUUCAAGUCUCAGGUGAGCAGGAAGAGCACCGGAUGGAGCCGCGAUGAGAAGAUCCCCAAGACUGUGGAGAUCAAGAGUGUGUCCCAUGUGAUCGAGGAAGGAGGAGUGAAGAUGAAGUUGACUGUGAUUGACACUCCCGGCUUUGGAGACCAGAUCAACAAUGAAAACUGCUGGGAGCCGAUUUCAAAGUACAUCAACGAGCAGUACGAGAAGUUCCUGAAGGAGGAGGUGAACAUAGCGCGCAAGAAGAGGAUCCCCGACACCCGCGUGCACUGCUGCCUGUACUUCAUCUCUCCUACCGGCCACUCGUUGCGGCAGUUGGACAUUGAGUUCAUGAAGCACCUGAGCCGUGUGGUCAACAUCAUCCCUGUCAUCGCCAAGGCUGACACACUGACACCGGAGGAGAAGAUCGAGUUCAAGCAGAGGGUGAGGAAGGAAUUAGAGAUGUGUGGCGUAGAGUUUUACCCUCAGAAGGAGUUUGACGAAGACAUGGAGGACAAGAGCGACAAUGACAAGAUUAGGGAGGCCAUGCCCUUUGCAGUAGUGGGCAGUGACAAAGAGUACCAGGUGAACGGCAAGCGGGUUCUGGGGAGAAAGACCCCCUGGGGGGUGGUUGAAGUUGAAAACCCAAAUCACUGCGAAUUCGCUCAACUACGAGAUUUCCUGAUCAGGUCCCACCUGCAGGACCUGAAGGAGGUCACGCACAACAUCCACUACGAGACGUACCGCGCCAAGAGGCUCAACGACAACGGCGGCCUGCACCCCGUCGCCACCUCGGCCGCCAACGACACGCAGGAGAGCAACCUGUGAGCGCGCGGCGGGAAGAGAGCGGGGGGGCGGGGUGGGGGGCGGGGGGGGGGAACGGAGCAGGGGGAGCGGCGGAGGUUCCGAUCCCGGCUCGUGUUCUGAUCGCGUCACUGCAUGCACGGGACGAGUUCCACGGCGGUAAAGAUCUGUCACACCGUAUUUCUGAGAAUAUAUUUUACUCCGUGUCCCUUGAUCUCUCUCUCUCUCUCUCUCUCAACAACUCUUUUUAGCCAAUUAACUUACACCUCCUGGCCACGCCUUGGAGGAUCCUUCGAUUCAUGCGUGUGAGAGUGAUUGAGAACAGACGGUGACGUUGAGAAAAUAAUAAUGGUCACCUGAAGUUUAAUUAAUCAUUGAUGUUCGUUUUUGAAAAUGAUUUCAGUACCACAGCAUGGGUGAAAUGGUGCAGUUAGAUUCUCCCCUCCGUUGUUGCUUCUACCUUGUUUCAUGUUUUUUUUCACCGUUUUCCCUGAACAAACUCGAAUUCUGCUGUCUACAUCUUUAUCCUGUAGCGUUUCAUUCCUGUUUUCUCAGUCACUGCCUCAGUUUUCCUUCUGUCACUUUUAUUCAGUCUUCAUCGGAAGACUUUCUCAUAACAAGGUUACAACCGUCUUCCAUGACUUAAGAUUAUUCCAUGAAGGUUAGUAACACAAAGGUAAACUUAAACUAUUAGUUCUUGUUGCAUUGCAAUGUACACUACUCACAGUACAACCAAUGUUGUGUAAUAGUAGACUUCGCCCCUUUUUUGUUGUAGAGCUGGAACCUGGCUUCCUUAACUGAUCAAGCUACACAUUUCUGUGGCAUAAUCAACAAAGAUCUACCAUUUGUGCGUCACAUCACAUUUUUUUUUCAGAAAGUCAAGCAGUUUUCCCAAAUGUUUCCGGUGCACUGUUUUGCACUAAAACUCAAGUCAGACAUCAGUAUAUGGAUCCUUUCCGUUGGAAAGUGUCUAUUCUAAUGGCUGAUGGCUUGCAGCUGCCUUCCCACGUGAAGACGACUGCGUGAAUUCAGUCUUCAGUCCAAAGUUUAAGCUGCGUACGAAACAAAACAACAAACAGAAGAGGAUUUUAUCACUGCCUUGGAUUUUCCCCCCUUCAUUUAUUUAUCUAUUCUGGCUUCCAGCACAAGUGUUGUUUCAGGUAUUCACUGCCAGGUUGCUCCAAACUUGACAAAAAAGUCAUGGAAAAUCACCCUGAACCUGAACUAAGCAUGACACCUUGGUUCCAUAUCUACAUUAGAGAAGAAAUACAUCCUACAUAGACAGUUUGUUUAAUGAUCAACAUUUAACCAGCUGUGUCACAUAAGGGUGAAUAAUUUGGUACAAUCACACUGUAUGCACGUGUGUGUGAGUUUGCAGCUGUUGUCUACUAUAUCUUGUCUUGUAAUGCGUGUUAUCUAUUGUGAACUUGGUCAUUGUUUUUCAAGGGGAAAGACAAGAUGUAUUUUAACGAGACAAGAUGGUUGUAUGGGAUAUAUUUUGUAUGUAUGGUGGAGCUGCAUUGCAUUUUGUACGUAUCUGCAUUGCUUCAGUACACUCUUUUAUAGCUAUCCAUACAUUAAUUUUCUAAUACUAAUGUUAUAUUCAUGUAAUACAGUAGUGUUAUCUUAUUUCUAUAUACAAUUAAUCAUUUGUAAAUGUGAACUCUCUUUAUCAGAUAAACCACUGUUGAAUCCAUUCAGUUAAUACCAGAACAUCAGUGACUGCAUUACCUCUCUCUGUGACAAAAAACAGACUGUCCAUAUCUGUAUCGGUCAAUAUAUCAAUUAAUAUAAUUUGUAUUUAUUUAUUUAUUUUUUGUUACCACUGUAAAUACUUGCUUGUAAAUAUUAUUGAAACUUGUGAGUGUAAUUGUAGUGUUAUUAGACUAUUAUUUAUUGUAAUCUGUAUUUGAUUUCAUGAUUCCAUGUUUGGAUUUUUUCACUUUGAAUGCCCCCCAACCCUCUAUUCUCUUGCUCCAUUUUCUGUGUCCCCUCCUUGUAGGCACACGAUCCUUCUGUGUCGUUUUUGCCAAAUCAUGUGUGUUCAACGACAAAUACAAAUAAGACAAGACAACAUGUGUUCUAAGUAUGACCGAUGCCGUUAUUGUCACAGUUAACAUUGUUUGUAAGAAUUUAGAUUUUUUGUAAAAAAAAAAAAAAGAAAAGGACAAUAAACCAUGCACCUCUUUGUUGA